AUGGAAAAAGGGGAUCUUUCUGCUGAGCCUUAUCGGGGUCCUAAGCUUCCCAACGUCCCCGACGAUCUUGUUGUCGCCGGAGUCCUCAACUUAGACUGUGAUGAGCGACUUUGGGUUCCUCAAUCCAAAGAUGUCUGGUUCCGUCCGCUAUGUUUCAACGUCUCCCAAGGCUAUUUCGUCAACAUCCUACGCGUGAGAAAAAGCGGCAUUCUGUCACGUCACAGACACACAGGACCAGUACACGCGACAGUAUUAAGAGGCCGAUGGCAUUAUCUCGAGCAUGACUGGUGGGCCGAGGAAGGCAGUUAUGCUUUUGAGCCCCCGGGGGAUAUUCACACACUGGAAGUUCCAGAUGGAGUCCCUGAGAUGGUCACUUUGUUCCACGUGACGGGCGCGUAUAUCUACGUUGAUGUCGAUGGGAAUUCCCUGGGUAUCGAAGAUGUCUUUAGUAAGCUACAGGCGGCGAGGAACCACUACGAGGCAAUUGGGAUGGGGGCGUCUUUUGCAGAUCAGUUUGUACGUUAG